AUUAAUUAUGAUUGGCAGAUUUGUGGGAGCUUCAGUAGGUAAAUAGAAUUUGAAAUAAAAAAGCUCUUUUUGGGAUUGCUGCAUAUGGAAGUUAUAAAAUAAAUGAAGCAAAAUAAUUUAAGGAACUAUACUUUGACACUCUUCCUGAUAAAAGAUAAUAUUUGCUUCAGCAACAUUAAAAUGCUGCUUAUAUAUAUGACCCAACAUUUGAUUCUUAUGAACAUACAAGCAAAAUUGUAAAUAGAAGUAUAAUUGUAGGCAUCAUAUCGUAAGACAUUAGUGGGACUAUGUUAAGGGAAGAUUUUAGAAACAGGUGUUGGUACUUCAAGAAAUCUAAAGCAUUAUCCUUAAGGGAGUGAUGUAACAGCUGUAGAUUGGAGUAGUAAUGUAUUGGAAGUGGCAUUAUUAAAAUCAACAUCAAAUAUUAAUAUUUCAUAUAGAUUGGAAGAUGUUGAAAAUAUGAGUUUUAAAGACAAUACAUUUGACACUGUAUUAGAUACUUUUGGUUUGGAAUAUUAUCUAAAUCCUGAAAAGGUCAUAUCUGAGAUGAAGAGAGUUUGUAAACCAGGUAAAAUUAAUUUGUAUAUAUAGGGCGGCAAGAUAUUAUUACUUACAUCUGGUAGAAGCACCUAUGACAUACUUAAUCUCUAUUUAGAAUACAAAUAAGCUAAAUACUUGAAAACUUUGGGUUAGUUUUGUAAUAGAGAUUGGGAAUCUAUUAUUUAAGAUCCUGAACUUAUGGUUUUAACCAAAGAGAGAAAAAUAAAUGGAACUGUUUAUUUCUAUGUUUUAGAAAAUAAUAAAAAAGAAUGAGUUUAUUAUUGAUUUAAUUAUUUCAUAAUUCCAC